CUAAGUGGUCUGCAGCAGGCUUCCAACCAAUUAACGCUAAUUAAUCUGUCACGUGACACCCGCCUGCUUCAACUUGAAGGCCCCGUCGUGAGUCGACAGAGUAAAAACAUCCAAUCUACAAGGAGAUGAAUUGCAAUUUUGCUCAAUUUUCUUUAAUUUCUCUUAUUUUGAUACUGAACGUUCCACACUGUCCGUGUUCAAAGAAGAUCUCGCCACCGUCCCGGAGGCAAAAACUGGUCCUGCCGAGAGUCACCUGCUCUCACCGAGGAAUGAAAGCCGUGUUCAGGUCCAGGGUCAAAAGUAAUCCCAGAGUCAAAGACGUGGCCGGGUCCGCAUUCGCGGUUCCUCGGUCUGAGGGCUCCUGCGGAGUCCAGGCGGGUCGACGGAACAACCAGAGCCUGGUGUUCUUCAGCCGAUAUGACAGCUGCUACGCUCAAGUCAAGGGAAGCAAAGUGGUCGUCCCUCUGCAAGUGCAGCUGACAGGAGAAGAUGGAUGGUUCGGGAUAAAUAUCAGCUGUCCUCUAAGGUCAUCCCGGCAGAGGACACGCCUCGCACCUCCACCAUCUCCUGGAAACUGCGCGGUGCGCCAAGAACUUCGGGUGAAAUGUGGCCAACGCAGAACGUCGAGGGAUUCUUGCGCCAAUCUGGGUUGCUGUUUCGAUCCAAACGACUCAACCUGCUUCUACAAACUCCACGCCUGCUCCCUGGAUGGACACUUGGUGUUCUCGGUGAAAGCAACAGACGCAGACCCCCCCACGGACCCGAGAAGCCUCGUCGUCAAGGAUCAUCCACGGUGCAUCCCUGCCAUGGCCACCGCGGACAUCGCCGUCUUUAAGAUUCCCGUCACGGACUGCGGGGUUACAGCAAAGGUGGACGGAGAUGUCGUCAUCUACGAGUUGGAGAUGGAGGACCGUGCAGACAACAACCGCACUCCAUUUCGUGUCCAGAUCGAGUGUGAAUCCAAAGCUUCCAACGUGAGACGUGCUGUCAAUUUCCCCUCCCGGCACACGGUGACCAACCCGCCGCCCGUGGUUGCUCUGGGAUCCAUCAGAGUGCAGAUGAGAAUGGCCACCGAUGCGUCUUUUAAGUUUUUCUUUCCUGAGGACCAGCUGCCACUCAUGAUGCCACUGCGUAAGGCCGCAUAUGUGGAGGUCUCCAUCGCCCAGCCGUCCCCGGACCCCACGCUUUCCCUGCACGUACGCGACUGCUUCGCUUACCCAGCAUCCCGACAUUCCGUGUGGACGCUUCUCUACAACGGAUGCCCCAACCCGUUGGAUGACUCCAGAAGUUCUGUUCCUGUGGACAAGCAAGGAAAAACACAAUCCCGCUCCCAAGUCAGGAGAUUUGAUGUCAAGACCUUCGCCUUCUUGGAGCAAGGGGAGCCAAGUGUGGAGGAAGUAUAUUUCUAUUGCUGGGUGGAAAUCUGCACAGAAGAGGUUGACUGUGCACAACCGUGUGCCAUCACUUCACAGGAAGGGGGGAGACGAAGAAGAGAGGCUUUAUUUAAAUCACAAGCCUUCCAGCUGACCUCCAUAGGUCCACUGCUGCUGGGUCAGAAUAACACAGCACCUGAGGAGAAUCCACGGAUUCAGAAGAGCGGUUUUGGUUUAGGGUUCGAGUCUUAGCACGCUGAGCUACGGGCUAAGGGAUCGUUCGGAAUCAACCUUGAAUAAGCACAACAAUAC